UAUAAUCUUGACCCGCAUGCCUACUGGUCCGCGAAACAUGAGAAUCCCCGCAGUAGUUCCGAUGACUUCGUAAGUUCCGAUGACGUCAACAAUGAGCUUGAGCCCGACUUUUCGGAGACUACAUCGGAAUCCAUACAUCCUCCUGUCCAAUGUGUCAUCAACAUGUCUGAUAGUUAACGAGAUUCUCCCUGAAUUUGUCGUAGAACCUACUCCGAAUUUCGGCGUUAAAAGCGAAAUGCCAAGACCAGAAACAUAUAAUAUACGCGGUAUGGACUGCCAUUUGUCAAAUUGCAGCAUAACGCAUGAAGUACUCUGCGUGAAGGGCAUUCGGUACUCCUUAGUCGAUACUAUUGGGGCCGUGUUUGAGUUUCAAUGCGUCGACGAUGUCCGGGGCGCGUUGAAUGGGCUUGCAUAUUAUCUCUAUGGCGCCGAUAGCCCUUUCGAAGGUAUCGUUGAUGCCCAGUGGGACACACAUUUCCCCGAAAAGAUAAGUGCUGGUGGGUGUCAGAAUCUUCCUCUAUGUCUCGUACCUUUCGUGCUGAAACUUGUAUCAUUGAAACUUUCAGUUUUGAAAACAGAUAUGGACACGAAAAAAGCUGUGAUUUUCCUAAGUCGUGGCCGUGGAUAUUAUGCCGAAGACGACCUAUCCCAGGGGGUUUUCAAUAGAGACACCCUGUCCGGAAUUAGAGAGCGCCUACAAAGCUCCCGGAUAUUUGUCGAUGUCAAGGGCAAUCUUGGCAUAGGCUCGAAUGCAUCUCAACAAGGAGAUGUUGUAUGUGUAUUACGAGGUGCUACGGCACCUUGCAUCCUUCGACCGCGACACGGAGACGGCUGGACCCUCAUCAGCGGAGACUGUUACAUGGAUGGGGAGCUCGGCUCUGAUAAGAAUACGUAUCUUCUGUCCAAUAUUGUGGACCCGUACCCGGACCAAGAAGAGGAGUUCCUUAUAUGGUGAAGGGUUCCAGUAUCCACACCCAGACGAAAGCCUCGUUACAGUGCCUUACCAAAGAUAUCCGUACUCUUUCAUGCGACUGUCUGUGGGGCUCCAACGUACUGACAGAAACCGACAGAAACCAGGGGCAACGGAUUGUCGCUGUCUGGGGUAGCCUCACGAGGUUACUUAGGGGUUACUAGUUGUCCAAGGUGCCGAGCUUCUCUCUUACUGGGGAUUCUGAAAAUGAUAUGAAGCUCCUCACGCAGCGGUAAA